AAAUAAACAUAAAAGAACUGAAAAAUAUCGAUAUCAACCGUCUAGUAUUGGCCCGAAACCGAUUUUACCCUCGUGUCGAUGUUAUCGAUAUUUGGAUCGAUCCGCCCUCCCCCAGUAUUGGGCUCAGAGUGUCCCAUUGGCUACGCGACAACAUAUUCCUCCGCGUCUCUGACUUUAACAUCCAGGACGAUCAAAACGAUGGGAUCGAGCUCUAGCGUGGACUCGAGGAGUUGAUGCACAGCUUCAAGGGGUCAUGGAUGAGACUUGUGAUGGCGCACAUGGAUGACCCCGCAGCGGAUCAUAUUCUCCUCGUUCCACUUCCACAUACAGUGGCUCAGAUCUGCUCCACAUGAAUGGAUCUCGCCGUGGGAGGUGAACACAUGGAAUACAAAGCCCAUGCUGAUGAGCAUGCCUGCCUGCCCGACCCCACUCCUCUCAGGGAGAUUUCCCACAGCCCAGUCCUCUUGACACAGCCUCUCCACUCGGAUUCCCCCUGCUCACCUCGGGACCCUUCGCCAUGAGGACGACUGUUCCGUGAUUCGGUGCACUUUGCUUCUAUUUAAGCUACAUUCAGGAUUUAUCUGCAACUUGGGGUCCCUUUGUGUCCACAAGGGUUCAACAGAGGCGCUUUGCUUCGCCCAGCUGCUUCCUGGGGCCGGCAGUGAUGGCAGCCGGCCGCCCCCAGGCACACAAUCACCCGCCCGAGAACGGCUUCACCCCACUGGAUCACCCAGCACCCAGGCUGCUGCCGCACAUUGACCGCUCGGUUCUGCCGUCUCUUGGGGGGUUCGGGAAGCAUCAGAAGCAGCUCGUAGUUCUGACCUGGAUACCGGCAUUGUUUAUAGGCUUUAGCCAGUUCUCGGAUUAUUUCCUCCUGGCACAGCCCAAUGGCACGUGUUUGCAACCUUUGUCGAACGAGAGCAAUUGGACCGUGGAAUUCCCUCCGGUGACCGGCACCGAUCUCAAAGUCAACGGUACCAGAGAGGGAUACGGUGACGGUAGCGGUAUGCUGUGCGCCUGCAAGGAGAGGAGGCUGGAGCUGCUCACGGGACUUAGUCAGAAUGUGGUUACCAAGUGGAACCUGGUGUGUGACUCUGCCUGGAAGGUCCACAUUGCCAAGUUUUCUUUACUGGUGGGCUCCAUAUUUGGCUACCUAGUGAUGGGUGUCAUGGCUGACUGGUUUGGUCGACACCCAGUGUUGAUCCUCUCUGUGCUCUUCAUGCUGGUGUUUGGUUUGAGUGUUGCCUUCUCUGUGAACGUCACCAUGUUCAGCACCUUACGCUUUUUUGAGGGUUUCUGCUUGGCGGGCCUCGCUCUCUCUCUCUACGUGCUCAGGGUUGAGCUUUGUCUGCCAGGCUGGCGUUUCUCUAUGACCAUGGUGGCCAGUUUCCUGAUGGUGGGGGGGCAGUUACUGAUGCCUGGGGUGGCAGCUUUGUGUCGCAAUUGGCCACACCGUGAUGACUGGCAGGUCCUGCAGAUUGUAAUAAUAAGCCCCUUUGUGUUGAUGCUGCCCUACGUUUGGAUUUUUCCUGAGUCUUUACGCUGGCUGUUGACCACCCAGCACUACAGACGCUCAAAAGCUAUGAUGCUGUGCAUCGCAAGAAAAAACAAAGUUGACAUGACAAGUGAAUCCAGCGGAGUUCUUGCAGAGCUGGAGCAAGAACUGCACAAGAAACCCCAGAGAGCCUGUAUUGUGAAGAUGAUGAGCACCAGGAACUUGUGGAAAAACAUUGUGGUGCUUUGUGUGAACUCGCUGACGGGCUAUGGGAUCCACCACUGCUUUGCUCGAAGUAUGAUGGACCCCGAGGCCCAACCCACUGCUUUGUGCCACACAGACUACUACACCAUGGCUGGCAUCGCUGUGGCAACGUGCCUGGCACUGUGUCCCAUGGUUGGACUCAUGGGUCGACGUGGAGGGCUUCUAACGUUCAUGAUCAUCACAGCCCUUGCAUCACUCCUGCAGCUAGGUUUGCUCAAUUUAAUUGGAAAAUACAGUCUUCGGCAUGACACAGUUCUGAGGGACACUCUCAACAGAAAAUUUUCUGUGGCCUUCUCCAUCAUCGGCAUGUUCUCUUCUCAUGCGGUCAGCACUCUCAGCAUUUUCUUUUGUGCUGAAAUCACACCAACGGUCAUCAGGGGUGGAGGUCUCGGCCUGGUCCUAGCAAGUGCGGGUUUCGGCAUGCUCACCGCGCCCAUCAUGGAGCUCCACAACCAGAAGGGCUACUUCCUGCAUCACGUGAUCUUCGCUUGCUGCACGCUACUGUGUAUCAUCUGCCUACUGCUGCUCCCUGAGCCGCGAGGUCAACCUUUGCCAGAAACGUUGGCCGACGGAGAGACGUUCACCCGUCAAACAUUGCUUCACCCGGGUGAGCAGCACCUUCUCCUCGCCAAGAGUGACAAGGACUACUCCCGCGUACACGACACACCGCUACACUUGUCCGCCACUGGGAGUGCUACCGUUGCAGCAGCCACCGCUCUGGCAGCGGUACCUGCCUCAUACUCCCUGGCCACUGGUGGAGAAGUGAUUGGCAACCACGCCAUAGCCAAUGGGGUUUGAACUUAACCACAAUUAGUUGUGCAACCAUUGAGAAUACUGAAAGCCUGAUAAAACCUGUGGCUGUGUCUCAAUUUGCGCACUUCCGUACUUCCACUUAGUGAACCCAAAAGGGGUAAUUGCGCGGUAAUGGACUCUUACUAUCGCCCUAAAUAGUCACCAUCUUGGCUAUGAAGCCAAAGAAGGGGACAAACUUGAAAUAAUGGCAGCUCAGGAACAACCCGUUGCAGGGCAAAGUAGUGAACACAAAUAUUGUAAUCGUCAUUUCCGGUAAGUGUGCAAUGACAGGAAUCAAUUUGGGACUACACUGUCAACAAUUCGCUCCAUCAGGAACUAAUAUUGUGUACCUAUAUUUAUAUGUAUUGACGGAAGUAUUCAAUUUGAGACACAUCCUCUAUUUUGAAAAAGAAAAAGAUUUCCAAAAUGCCUGAUAAUCUCUUAUGAAAUAAUAGUGAGGUUGAAAUAGAGGUGAAGGAUUUUGUAUGACAAAAAUGACUCAAGAGCUGCCAAAAUAUUUAACCUGACUCUUUUUUUUGAGUCCUUUCCUGGUAAAAAGAGUGGGUGAAGGCAAAUGGAACAGUUAUCAAUAUGUUUUGUGUUCAGUGCAUAUUCUAAUUGUGAAUGCUGAAGAGCACACCAAAAAUUCCCAAUUUUCCAUUCGUCCCACAUUUCCUGUAACACAAAUUCUCUUGGAUAUUGAAUUUCAAAUGGUUUCCACAAAUCUCCAAAUGAUUCACACGACAGUAUUCCAACAUCAAAACCGUCAGCCUAUUCAGGGUUCCUCAUUCCUGUAAUUCCAAGGUUGUUCUGGGCCAAAAAAAAUCACAUUUUUCCCCACAUUUCUGAAAUCAUCCCAGGCCAACAAUUUCUCACAUGCCAAAAAUUCCCACCUUUUCCACACAGCCUUUGGACUCAGCUUCAGCAUACAAUUUCUACAGAAUUUACCUUCUCUGGUUCUUUAUUUUGCACUAAAAGUCAGGGGACACUAUUAUUAAGUGUUUGUGUUCCUCAGCCAACAAACUGGAGACACAGGGAUUGGCUUAACCACUACCACUGUUUUGCAUGAAUGGGCACAAAGUUUUUUUCUUGUUAUUUGUGGUCCACAGUGGCACUUUAUCCUCCUUGGGGGGGUGACAAUGUAGACACUGAUUUUUUUAAAGUAAGCAUUACAGCUGUUGGUGAGGGUAUAUGAUGGUUGUGUGCAAUGAUGAACAACCGGAGACCUUGAUGCACACGUUAUGUGUAGCUGUUAGAGACUGCUGGUAAUGCUAACCUAAACCUGAGAGUUGAGCGGACAUUGAAAUUAUCUUCUCUAUGUCUUAUGAUGCAUCUCAACAUUUUGAAUGGCGUUUUGGAAAAGCAGUAUUUAAUUUUUUUUUCACACUGUCUGAAUGAUCUCUCUCUAGCAAAUAUCCCACUCCACAUCUGUGUUCUUUGUACUGUGGUAAUGAUGUAAUCCAGCUCCUUUGAUAACUCUAGCCAGAAAGCACAAUUUUUGUGAUUAGAAUAGACCAGUCUGCCUAAAUUUUGGCUCACUGUUAUUAGUGUUCAUUCAUACAAAUAUUCCUUAGGACUGCAAACAGGUGUAUCAAUGUACCUUGUAAUGAUAAUGUGAGAAACAUUUGCCGUACAGUUAGAUAUUUAAGCAUUACAUAGUAACAGCAAACAUUUUGUCCUACUAGUGACAGUUUUAGGGUCCACCAUCUUCCUUCAGCAUAUACUCUUAUAUUUUAACCCACCUGUACGACUUGCUAGUUUGUAAGUUUUCAAUGGAAAAAAAAAAUCUCAGCCACUUAUACCGUUUUCUAAGUGUUCUUUUUUAAUGAUGCAUUUGUACAAAAGCCAUAGGCCUACACAUUUUGAUAGUAAAAUCACUUAAUUUAUUGUGUCAAUAAAAAAAAAUGGACAUGACUAUGACCGUGUGU